AUGGGGCUUGAUCAAGAGAAACCCGUUGAAAGUGUCCAUCUAGAGGCUACACCGACGUUGGAUCCCACCGAUAUCAAGAAGCCUGAACACCUCAAUGAAAUCUCGGGAUCUGUUAUGAGCUUGAAGGUAGCUCUGACCAGUUACCGAAAUGCGAUGCUAUACAGUUUAUUCUUCUGCUUCUCUGCUAUCCUCUGGGGCUAUGACAUGCAGGUCAGUGGUGGUCUUCUUGCCGCACCCGAGUUCCGCGCGGUGUUUGGAUACACUCAACCUGAUGGCACGACAAUCCUUCCGGCAGAAUGGCAAGCUGCUUUCAACAUGAUCGCGACAGUCGGUGGAAUGGGCGGAAGUCUGCUCUGCGGGCCUCUCUCGCCUUACAUGGGUCGAAGGAUGACACUGACCAUCGCUUGUGUCAUCUCCAGUGGCUCUGUCUUCUUACAGUUCUUUGCAUUCACACGAGGAGUUCUCCUUGCUGGAAAGUUAGUCAAUGGAAUCGCACUGGGCAUGUUCCUCGUCACUGCCUGUGCCUACUGUUCUGAAGCCUGCCCUGUCGUGCUUCGCGGGAUUACCAUUGCCAUGGUGAACGUCUUUGUUGUCGUCGGUCAGCUCCUCGGAAACUGCCUCAUUAAAGCUUUCGGUGGGCAAUCAAACACUUUUGCCUACAGAAUCCCCUUUGCUUUCCAGUGGGUUUUCCCGGCGAUUCUUCUCUCUGGCGUGUGGUUCUGCCCUGAAUCUCCUUAUUGGUACGUACAAAGGGGCAAGCAUAGCGAGGCCAAAAACUCCCUUGAACGAUUCCAGACUGGCGGAAGCAUCGACAGCUGGCUCAUUGAGAUCCAAGAAACAGUUCGCAUUGAAGAGGAGUCAGCAUCGUCCGCUGGCUAUCUGGAUUGUUUCCGAGGAACUGAUCUUCGUCGAACCCUGAUUGUUAUGGCCGUUUGGACUAUCAACUCUUUCAGUGGUGUCAACUUUGUGCUAAGCUACUCAACCUACUUCUUCCAGAUCGCCGGCAUCCCUACAUCUGCCUCCUUCGAUAUGGGCGUUGGAGUAACUGCAGUUGGCGUCCUCGGAAAUAUCUGCUCCUGGUUCGUCAUAAAUACCAUUGGUCGGCGAGUGCUUUUCCCUGGUAUGCUCGUUCUCACUGCUAUCGUCUUCAUCAUUGGCAUUCUCGACGUGGUACCGAAUUACAACUCCUCGAUCGCUAUGGGCCAGUGUGUAUUGAUCAUUAUCUGGAACUUCUUCUAUGAUCUCACCCUUGGGCCUCUUGGAUACGUAAUCUGCGGAGAGAUGUCUUCCACUCGAUUGCGAUCAUACACCGUCAGCAUUGGGUUUUUCACGCAAAACUUCUGGACUUUGAUCAUGACUCUUACCGUGCCUUACAUGAUAAACCCUGAUGAAGGUAAUCUUCGAGGAAAGACAGGCUUUAUCUUUGGUGGCUUCUCUAUCAUUGCCUCUAUUUGGACUUACUUCUGCUUGCCAGAGACCAAAGGCAGGACCUUUGAGCAGCUCGAUCAUAUGUUCCAGCAGAAGAUCUCAGCACGCAAAUUCGGCGCGCAUGAUCUAACACCAAAUGAAGCAUAA